UGAUUACUCGUCUGGGUGCCUACGGACACUUUUUUCGCGUAAUAAACGUGAAUAGAGCGAAUUAUGAAAAUUAAACAGAGUGGUUAUUAUGUGGUAAUUAUUGCUGCCUUGGCAGUUAUUGUUACCGGAGUAUCUGUGAAGGCACCUGAAUGUCCGUCCUCAGGCAUCGUCAUACUGCCUCAUCCGAAGGAAUAUAAUCUAUAUUACAUUUGUCAGGACGAUAAAAGCACAAUUUACAAGUGUCCCGAUGGUCUGUAUUUCAAUAGCACUAUUAAGCAAUGCGACUGGCCGCCCGCAGGACGUUUCCCCAGAAUGAAUCCAGAGACUGAACCACUUAUAUCUGAGGAAAAGGCUGAUAAGUCUAAUUGCGUCGGUACAUGUCCAAUUUUGAAUCCUAAGGAUAAAACGAUACUUCUGCCGUACAGAGGUGACUGUAACAAAUUUUGCUCGUGCAGCAACGGCGCGCCUAUCGUUUUGUCCUGCCCACCCGGCUUAAAUUUCUACGAAGCAGAACAAGUCUGCAACUGGCCAUGGAUAACCGAUUGUCCAUGGUAAAUAAACAAGGGCAAAAUCUGUAGACGAGGAUUGAAAUAAAAAGAAAAAAAAGUGCAGUUUUGCGAUUCUCUCCACUUUUAUCGCUUAUUCAUAUAUUGGAAGAGAUGGAAGAAACAAUGGUGAUUUGGACAAACACGCAUCUGUUCUUUAAUUUCUUAUUGUGGAGACAAUAAAAAACUUAACAGAAUAAAUUUAAAUUCAUAUAAUACAUUUGUGUUCG